CACACAAAUUAAUAAAAGAGAGUAAAAAUUGAAUCAAAUUCAAACGCUACAAAUAAGAAAUUUAAUCAAGUAGAGUUGAGAGAGAGAGAGAGAGAGAGCGACAUAGCAACUAAAUGAGAAGCCAGUCGUCGAAAAUGGCCGGCGAGGGGAAGGCGAAGGCCGGGCUGAAGAAGGGGCCGUGGACAGAGGAGGAGGACGAGCUGCUGAGGAACUGCAUAAAGAGAGAGGGAGAGGGGGGUUGGCGGAAUUUGCCGCAGAAGGCGGGGCUCCUCCGCUGCGGGAAGAGCUGCCGCCUCCGUUGGAUGAACUACCUUCGCCCCACCGUCAAGCGCGGCCACAUGUCCCCCGAUGAGGACGAUCUCAUCCUCCGCCUCCACCGCCUCCUUGGCAAUAGAUGGUCAUUAAUAGCUGGAAGAAUUCCCGGGCGUACUGACAACGAGAUUAAGAACUAUUGGAACACUCAUCUAAGCAAGAAGCUAAUUAGCCAAGGAAUUGAUCCCAAAACUCACCAACCCUUCAACCCCAAUCCCUCCAUUAGUCACCAACCUUUCAACCCUAAUCCCCCCAUUAGUCACCAACCUUUCAACCUUAAUCUCUCCAUUAAUCAUAACCAUUCAUUUAACAACCCUAAUCCCUCCAUUAAUCCUAGCCAUUCACUUUACAACCGUAAUCCUUCCAUCAAUCAUAGCCAUUCACGUAACAACCCUAAUCCCUCCAUUAAUCAUAACCCUAAUCCCUUCAUUAAUCACAUCCAUUUACUUAACAACCCCAAUCCAUCCAUUAAUCACAAUCAUUCACUUAAAAGCCCUAAUCUCUCCAUGAAUCCUAACCAUUCACUUGACAACCACAAUCCCUCUAUUAAUCCUGACCAUCCACUUAACAACCCUAAUCCCCCUAAUAAUCCUAACCAUCCACUAAUUAACAACCCUGAUCCCUCCAUUAAUCAUAACCAUGCACUCAAUCAAGAUGGAGAUGAAGGAAUGCUAGAUUUCUUCAACUACGACGACUCUCUCUCUUCAUUCUUGAACUCGUUCAUGAAUGAUGAAAUGUUCAUCAGCAGCAGCCACCAGCAGUCAGUAUGACGGAUUUUUGAUUCGGGGAUGCGUUGUCGGCCGAGCAAUCGUGCGUCGAGUGGUCGCCGAGAGGCAGCAACGUAACACACACCUAUCUUCAUCUUCU